AUGGAGCUUGAGUCGACGAGCAACCGUCUGAACUACUGGGUGGCCACCGUGCCCUGCAAUCGCGAUCGAGCGCAGACGCACUACGCCUUCAAGAUCUUGCUUCCUGACCGUCAGAUUUGGCUUGAUGCUAGGGGCAUGUGGCCCCGCAUCCCAGGUCGUGAGACGCACUUUUGUUACUGUUCGAGCACGCCGCCCACCUGGAUCUACUCGCAGAUCUUCUACCAAAUAUUUCCGGACCGAUUCUGUAACGGCAAGGAUUCGCUGAGCGUCCGGGAGGGCGAGUACACCUACUUGGGUGCGGCAGUGUCACGGCGCGAGUGGGGGGCCUUGCCCCGCUCCGAUGAUGAACACCGCUGCUCUGAGUUCUUUGGCGGUGACCUGGUGGGCGUGCGUCAGAAGCUCGAUUACAUCCAGGAUUUGGGCAUCACCGCUCUGUAUUUGAACCCAAUCUUCACCUCGCCCAGCAACCACAAGUAUGACACGGUGGACUAUUUGUCGAUCGACAAACAUCUCGGUGGUGAAGAGGCUCUUUUGGCCUUGCGUGCAGAGACGAAGGAGCGAGGCAUGAAGCUGGUGCUAGAUGCCGUGCUCAACCACACGUCCUCUCACCACCCUUUUAUGGAUCGCUACGGUGAACACGGCACCGAAGGCGCGUAUGGCAAUCCCGCCUCUCUAUAUCGCGAGUUUUACUUUUUUCAGGGUGACGACUAUGUCUCCUGGCUGGGCUAUCAUUCGCUGCCCAAGCUCAAUCUGGCCAAUGCCAAGGUGCAAGAGUACUUCUGGCUUGGCGAUCAGGCCGUGGUCAAAAAGUAUUUGCAAAAGCCUUAUGACAUUGAUGGGUGGCGCUUUGACGUGAUUCACAUGCUGGGCGAGGGGGAUACGGCGCGCAACAACAAGCUCUACGUUCAACAGCUGCGCACAGCUGUCAAGCAUGCACGCGCCGACGCCUGGUUUUUGGGCGAGCACUUUUAUGAGGCCACGGCCUGGCUCCAGGGGUCAGUUGCGUUGGUGGGGAUCAUGUCACGCUGUGUGUGUGUGUGUGUGUGUGUGUGUGUGUGUGUGUGUGUGUGUGUGUGUGUGUGUGUGUGUGUGUGUGUCGAUCUCGAGGACGGCGCCAUGAACUACUACGGCUUUGCCCAUCCGGUCCGGGCUUUUUUGGCGCAGCAAGACUUGAUUUUCGAGCCCGUGCAUGUGACGGGCAAGGAGAUGGCGGCAUGGCUGCGCGAGGCGCGGGGCAAGAUUCCUUGGGCCAACGUUCUCUCCCAGCUCAACUUGCUAGACUCGCACGAUACGCCACGCUUUCUGUGGCUGCUCAAGGGCAACAAGGCACUCAUGCGCUUGGGUGUUGGGCUACUCAUGACCUACCCGGGGGUUCCCUGCAUUUACUACGGUGACGAGGUGGGGCUCGAGGGAGGACCGGACCCCGAUUGCCGCCGGUGCUUUCCCUGGCACGACGAAGGAAGCUGGGACCAGGAUCUACUCGGCUAUUAUCGAACCAUGACCGGGCUCAGGCGGGCUUGGCCGGUACUGCAAACGGGAGCCAUGCUGGAUCUCGACGCUGGGCGAGAUACGUACGCAUUUGCGCGUUUCCUCAAGGGAGAGCACGUCGUGAUUGUUGCCCUGAAUCGCAACCCGCACCAGACAGCCCAGAUCACGGCUCUGGUCUGGCACUUGGGCUUGCCAGAGGAAGGAAGCCUGCAACAAGUUGAUCUGAGUCCUUCGGCCCCAAGUCGUGCCCCCGGACGCGAAGCCGCAGCAGAUGGCGUGCGGCACACUGGCGAAAUCUCCUAUCGUGACGGCACCCUAAAGUUGUCAGUGCCACCCGCCUCGCUUCUUGUGUUCGAGUAUCGGUUCUAA